CCCCAGGUUUCCCCACUAAGUACAAAUUAAUGUUUAUUAUUUGGUUCCCUCCAUCCAAGGUCCACAAGAACCUCUAAAUCGCUCGGUCUAGACGCACACCCGAUAGCAACCAUUCGAGGUGGAGAUUUACCUGUCAACCAGCCUUACGACUAUUAUAAAAAUAGAUUCACUAUGCCUCCAACUGGCAUUCAUCGCGAUCAUGAAGUCGUUGACUUGCUCUCCGAUAGUGAGACGGAGGACGAAGGCCUCGCAAGGCACGAAUUGGAGGCCUUUGACGCACGAUCUGCAGCAGAAUUCGCUCUCGACUUCCCGGACCUGGAUGACCCUAUCGCAGAGUUCCGCGCAGAAUUCCAGGCAAACGACCGCGAAUUGAUCGAUUUGUCCGGCAUCCCAGACAUUGACGUUCCGCCGUCUGACGCUAUUGUGAUAGAAGACGAUGCACCACAGCCAGAGGGACGAGCUCCUGAUUGGGGUGAGGACGUCGCAUUGGUCACCGAAGCUGCCUGUUUGCAGAUGGUUCUGAGUGUACUGCCGGAUAUUUCGGUCGAUUACGUUUUCAAAUUGAUUCAAGAAAAGAUGACAGACGCCACACGAACAACUGCACAAUGCGAGCAUUUCCUGACCGAAUUAUUGGAAGGCGAACCUUAUCCCAAAGAAGCAGAUGACGCGAAGAACAAAAAGCGAAAAAGGGACGACGAAGCCGAGGAUGAGUUGAGCACCUAUGAGAAGGGUGAGCGUGAUCAAGAAAUCGGCGGUUAUGAACAUGACGCAACAGAGCUGCUUAAAGACGAAUUCCUCACCGUACCAGUACGGCAUAUCACGAACGUUCUCAAACAGCAGAAGACUCUUUACAAGGCCUACGGUGUCAUCGAACAACAAGUGCGCAACUACGGACAGAUUGCCAGGACAUAUUCAAAGAUAAACAAGUCACGCAUCAAGCGCGGUAUUGAAGUCCAGUUGAUCGAGCAAGGCAGUCAGAUACCCAAGGAGUUGCAUGCAGCGAAGAAGAAAAGCGAGGCUGAAGCUACUAAGCGCCAAAAGGUCAAAAACGAGGAAGAGGCUGAAGAAGCCAACUUACAACGAGCGCAGAUGAACAAUGAAAUGGGCGAAUGCGCAUGCUGCUUCAACGACAUUCCUCUCAACCGCAUGAUCAGCUGUAACGGGGAAACUGCCCACUUUUACUGUGUAGAUUGUCCUCGUCAACAGAUUGAGACGCAGAUGGGUCAAUCUCGCUGCAGACCCAAGUGUUUCGGAGUCGACGACUGCAACGGAACGUUCACCCGGCGACAAUUGCAACAGGUCUUGAGCGACACGACAUUCGAGCGACUCGAGCACAUGCAGCAAAGAGAAGACCUGGAAGCGGCAGGUUUGGACUUCCUCUCGGAAUGCCCGUUCUGCGACUUCAAGAUGGAAUGUCUACCGGUUGAGGUCGAUAAGGAGUUCCGCUGUCAAAACCCCAAAUGCAGCAAGACAAGUUGUCGCCUUUGUGAAAAGGAGUCCCACAUUCCGCUCAGCUGCGAGGAAUUCAAGAAGGAUGGCCAGAUCACCCUACGACACAUUGUCGAAGAAGCGAUGUCGGCAGCCUUGAUACGACACUGCAACAAAUGCAAGCAUCCUUUCGUCAAGGAACUUGGCUGCAACAAGAUGACAUGCACGCACUGUAGGAAUGUGCAAUGCUACGUCUGCUCCAAGAACGUGACCGACUAUAACCACUUUGGCGAGUCUAAUGCAGGCAAAUGCCCUCUGCACGAGAACGUCGAAGACCGCCACGAACAGGAGGUCAAGAGAGCAGCUGAUGAGGCCAUGGCCAAAGUCCGACUCGAUAAUCCGGGCCUAUCAGAUGCAGAUCUGAUGGUCAAGGUCUCAGACCGUGUCAAGCAAGCAGAAGAUGCACGGAAAGGUCGAGCAGGCGUAGAAGCGCAAGCCUUCCCUUACCACAUGGUUGGAGAGCAGCUCAGGCGAGCCCCCAUGGUGCCCCCAGUACCUGCGCCGCCGGCUCACCUCGUUGCAGCAGCAGCAAAUGUCGCCCCAGCAGAUCGGUAUGUCCACCUUCACCCAGCCAUCCCAGCCGUGCCUGCGUAUGGGUAUCCCGUCCAACCGUUCCCAUUCUAUCAACAUCUCUAUCCUGCUCAGCCCAUUCAGCCUAUGGGUUUCUACGGAGCCAUUCCACAACAGCCAUAUCGGCCAUACAUUCAACGUCCCAUUCCAAUGAUCGCGCCAUGUCCACGGUGUCACUUGUAUCAUCCGCCUAACCAAUAUUGCUAGACCUCGGCUGUUCAAUGCCCUCUGGGCCAUGCUUCCACCCAACCCCAUCCCGCCACUCGUCAAUCUGAGGGGGCAAGCCAACGGACCAGGCCGGCCAGCCCACCAUCCUCCUGCUGGUGGAGUAAUUGGCGAUCCUCCUGUUCGUCGCCGCAAUGCCCGACCGGAACUGGGCGGCCCUCAUCAAAUUGCCAACGGCGAACAGGCGGAGCGCGAUGCUCGCGAGGCUUUCCGCUUCCUGGAAAACGUUCGACUUGGCCAGGAUCAGCAGCAGAUAACCGUGCGUCAGAAUUUGGCAACUAGACAGCAGGAGCUUGCAGCAGAGCGCGCGCGGUUGGGUGUAGGGCAACAAAAUCUUGAUGCUCUGCUUGAGGCUCGG